GCGGCGGGGAGGCUAGUCGGAGCGCCAGCCGGGCUGGGGCCAGAGCCGACCCCGGGUCUGGGCAGCAGCGGGGACCCUCGGAGGCGGGGCAGUGGGACCGUGAUGGGCGUGGAGAUCGAGACCAUCUCCCCGGGAGACGGAAGGACAUUCCCCAAGAAGGGGCAGACGUGUGUCGUACACUACACAGGAAUGCUCCAAAAUGGGAAGAAAUUUGAUUCAUCCAGAGACAGAAACAAACCUUUCAAGUUCAGAAUUGGGAAACAGGAAGUCAUCAAGGGUUUUGAAGAGGGUGCAGCCCAGAUGAGCUUGGGGCAGAGGGCGAAGCUGACCUGCACCCCUGAUGUGGCGUAUGGAGCCACGGGCCACCCUGGUGUCAUCCCUCCCAAUGCCACCCUCAUCUUUGACGUGGAGCUGCUCAACUUAGAGUGAAGGCAGGAAGGAACUUAAGGUGGCUGGAGAUGGCUGCUGCUCACCCUCCUAGCCUGCUCUGCCACUGGGACGGCUCCUCCUGCUUGGGGCUCUUGAUCAGUGCGCUAACCUCACCGCCCACGACAUUAUCCAUUCUCUCUGCCCAGGUUGCUCUGUACAUGUUGGUCAUUGUUCACGUGCAUCUUUGCUUGAGGAAACUUCGGUUGCAGAUCAAAACAGGUUGUGCAUUUUGCGUGAUGCAUGUAGUAGCCAUUCCUGAUCACAGAACACAGAUUUCUUGUUUGCACAAUCGACACUGCCUUACCUUCACUUAAGCCAGACACACAAGGUGCUCAGACAUGAAAUGUACAUGGUAUACACAGAGGGACUUGAGCCAGUUACCUUUGCUGUCACUUUCUCUCUUAGAAAUUGUUGGCUGCUGACUUACAAAUUGUCCUAUUUGGAAAUGACAUGUAAAAUAAAGGCUCUGUGCUUGACAAAUUCCUG